AUGGCGCAAUCUCUCAGGGCCAGUACACGUCUCUUUGCUCGGUUGAGCUCUAGAACGCUGCCAGCUUCUCGCCGAAGCUUUGUCGCCGCCCCAAUCUCAAGGAUGCCGGAUUUGAUUCAGGAUAUGUACCUGAAAGAGUUGCGAGCCUACAAACCCCCGCCGCAGAAAGCAUCAGACGCCGAGGGUCACGUCCAAAAAUUCACACCUCCCGCUGUGCCCAAGUCGCCAGAAGAGACCAACCUGGCAAGUGAAAUGAAGGAAUACGAGGACCAAGUUGUGGAGAUUGAAGGAGCAGCUGCGCCAGGGGAGACACAGCCCGAAGAAGACUUUUUCGAAGACAUUGAGGAGGAGGAUGAACCAGCACACCAUUGA